AGGCGAUGCUGAGGACCAGCCGAGGUACUAUAGGAGGCUUCUUCCUCGCUGGUCGUGAUGUGUCCUGGUGGCCGAUGGGCGCCUCUCUCUUUGCCAGUAACAUUGGCAGCAACCACUAUGUGGGGCUGGCUGGUACAGGAGCAGCUUCAGGAGUCGCCACUGUCACAUUUGAAUGGAGUUCCUCAGUAAUGUUGCUGAUUCUCGGGUGGAUCUUUGUCCCCAUCUACAUCAAGUCGGGGGUGAUGACCAUGCCGGAAUAUCUCAAGAAGCGGUUUGGUGGGGAGCGACUCCAGGUCUACCUCUCCAUCCUCUCCCUCUUCGUCUGUGUGGUUUUGUUAAUUUCUGUGAGUUCAGAGCCUCCUGGCAUUUUAACUUCAAGAGGUUGUCAGAUGGGGCCAGAGUGCAAAUAUCAGCGAGCUGGAUGUGUAGACUGUCAACAGCCUUUAAAGGGUCAAGGUUAUGGAUGUCUUAAAUUCGCAGGGGUGUCUCUUCAAAGUCUUAAUGAGAAAAAAGGGAGCUUCCAAGAUCCUGUGUUCACAGAGUGGUAGACUUUUAAGUCGUGAGAGGCUCUAGGGUAUAAGUCUCCCCUCUUAUCAAGGAUAUGAAAAAA